AUGCUCUGGAAGCCGCUCGCCGUCGCCGUCUGGGCUGCUGUAACGGCCGCCGACUUCACUAUGGACGACUUGGAAGGCACGUGGGUGCUGAAGUCGAAUACCGUGUUUACCGGACCGGGUUUUUAUGACCCCGUCGACGAGCUCUUGAUCGAACCCGAUUUACCGGGUAUUUCCUACUCGUUUACCAAAGACGGCCACUACGAAGAGGCGAUGUACCGCGUGGUCGCCAACCCUGUUGAUCACCAUUGUCCUACAGGGCUGAUUACCUACCAGCACGGCACCUACGAGAUGUUGCUGAACGGGUCGGUGGUGCUCCACCCGAUCGCCGUCGACGGGCGCCAGUUGCUUUCCGAGCCCUGUGGCGACUCUCCCGACAAGCUGAAGUACACCCGUUACUACCAGCCGACGUGGUUUAAGGAGAUCUUGGUGUACGUGCUGGAGUAUCACGGACGCAAAACUCUCCAGAUCUUCCAGUUCGACGGGCUGAAAAUGCAGCCGUUGUACUUGGCGUAUAAGCCGCCGAUGAUGUUGCCCACGGAAACGCUUAACCCGACCCAGGACGCCCCGCAACCGGAGGAAACGGCGCUGAAACGGAAGCGCGACGACUUGGGAUUAAAGCACCGCGUGCGCCGGUCGUUGGAGAACCAGUACCGCACUAAUGCCAUCCGCGAAACGACCACGCCGCACAUGGAUAAGAUGUGGUGGGUCGCCGUCGGCGUGUUGGGACUGACACUGUUGGCGUUCUUCAUGAUGUAA